GUUGCCAUAGCGAUAGCCAAGAUGGCAGCGAUUGUGGCUGGAGAUGAGCAUGCUGCCUCUGAAAUUUUGAGAGGACUCGCCCGAGAUUUAAAUUGUCUAAACGAGGAUAACAAGACGACAAGAAAGAAAGCUCUUGAGUCCAUAAAGAAAGAGACUGUAGAUAAAGGGCAUUCCAGUAGCGUCUCACAAGAAGUAUUCGCUGCCCUUCUCAAGCCUCUCCUCAAAUGUCUGUCAGACCCGAUGGAAAAAUGCAGGGAAAUCGCGAUUGCGAUUAUAACAGAGUUUAUUCGAAGUGUCCCCAAACCGGAGGAAUCGCUGCCGUAUCUAAUGCCCUGUUUGGCUCAGCGGUUGGGGGAGAAAGAGAUCUUGGAGCCUGCGGAAGAGCUUCGGCUGUCUGCCGUGGAGAUGUUGACUCUGACAGUGGAGGUUUGUGGGAAGCAUUUAGCGCCCUAUCUGAACGAAAUGAUCAACAUACUGCAGAGAACCAUCGUCGACCCUUUCCCGGAUGUUAAAAGAGAAAGCUGCAAAUGUACAGUUUACUUCGCAAAAUGUGUGCCAGAACACUUUCACAUGCAAGCUGAGAGUCUUGUCAAACCUCUCAUGUUGAUGAUAGCGCAUCAACACUCCCGGGUACGAGUGUCAGUCAUCGAAGCUACCGGUGUGGUCAUUCAGCAUGGCAGUGGAAAAAAUGUGGAUGACAUACUGUCACACCUGGCACAAAGACUGUUUGACGACUCACCACAGGUGAGAAAAGCUGUGACUGCAGUUGUUGGUGAUUGGCUGUUGCACAUGAGAGACCGAUAUUCAUAUUUCCACAAAUUCAUUCCACUCCUGCUGAGCAGCAUCAGUGAUGAGAUUCCAGAAAUAAGACUCCUAGCAGCUGAUUUAUGGAGGCAGAUAGGCACACAGUGGGAGAAGGAGAAUGAGGAUGACAUCAAGGACAAGAUGGACUUCCUUCUCAUACCACCUCCACACUAUCCACCCGGAGUGGAGCGUCCAGGACUGGGCUGCAGAGAGUUGGUAGUGAGAAACCUGGGAAGGCUGGUACCAGCUAUCUCUCAUGACGUAACUGACUGGCUGGUGCCAACACGAGUCAGGACCUCCCAGCUACUCUUUGUGCUGCUGCUACACGCCGAGGACCACAGCACUCAGCACCUGCAGCCCCUGCUGGCUACCUUAUACCGUGCCUGUACUGACACAGAGGGGGAGGUGGUCAACAAUUGCCUAGCAGCUGCUAAACUGAUAGGAACCUUUGUGCCUCCACCUGUUUUCCUGAAGCUGAUGCUGGAACAUGUGACAACCCCAUACUCUUCCUCCCACCCCUGGGCCCCCCUCAUGGUUCUGGCUGCGGUACUAGGAGGUUGCUCCAAACCCCAGUUAAAACCACAUCUCCAGCAGAUUGCCAACACUCUGGUCCUGUCUGACGUCUGCCAGGAAUAUCAACAGGUUCUAUACUUGGAGCAGCUGUUGGCAUGUGUGGAUAUACUUCUGCAUCAGUGUGAGUCAGACUGCAGCUCAGUCAGCCUGCUGCUUCUGCAGGUGCUGAUCACCAUCCAAAGUCUGUCUACUGAGACACAUCUCAGUGCAAAGGCUCUGGAGAGUGCACACUUUUUAAGUAAGGUACAGGGCCUGAACUUGAUGGAGCUCUAUAGACAACACAUGGGACAGCUAUUUGACUGGCUGUCUGCCUCUGUCAAUACCUGGUCUAGUUACUCCCCGCAGAGACUCCAGCUACAUAUCAUCGUCGUGCAAUCAGGUCCAGUAAUUGGGGAGUUUUUGAACCAAGUGAUGCCUCUUCUCUAUGGCUGCCUCCAACCAAACAGAGACACAGAAAUGAGGAUGAGCAUUUUCACAAUGCUGGCCAAAUUGCUACUAGAUGCAAAAAACACACUGGACUCCCAAGGGCAUUUCUGCACAGAGUCAGAGAGGUUUCUGUGUGAUAUCCUGCUUCCUAACUUGGUGUGGCACGCAGGCCGCACAGCUGCCGCCGUCCGCACCUCAGCCCUCAGCUGUCUGUUGGCCCUGCUGCAUGGAGGGGCCAUCACAUCUGGACAGUUGCUGUUUCUGGAGGAAAAACUGAGUCCUCAAGUGUUAUCAGCCCUGGAGGAGGACUCUCAGAUGAGCAGACUGUUGGCUUGUCGCUGUCUUUCUGCCGUUCUCAGGCUCAUUGGAACCAGUUUGCAACAGGAGGCCCUCAACAAGAUUUACCCAGAGUUGCUGAAGCGUUUGGAUGACAGCAGCAAGGAAGUUCGUGGUGUUGUUCUGCAGACCCUGGGGCUCUGGCUGUCCAGCCUGACCAAAGACUACAAUCCUGAGCUCUGCGCCCCUCAUCUGCAGCUCCUCUUUCAGCAGCUCCUCCUGCACCUCGAUGACCCUGACAGCGCAGUGCAGGACCAAGUGCUGGAAAUCCUGAAGAGAGCCAGCUCAGUCCACCCAGCGCUUCUAAAGAGGGAAGCUGAGGCUGUGAAGGACAAACAUCGGAGUCCUCUCAACUGUGAACAGCUGCUCCAGCACAUCAGUUCACUGUCCACAGAGACUACAGCAAGCAGUCUCGGGUCACAUCAGAGACAUUAAACACCCUCAAAAAUGACUGCCUUUUACUUGUCUUUACUUGUUAAACAAGAAUUUAUUGUAAAAGCUUUACAUAUGAAUGGUCAAGAUUUGCUUUAAUGCACAAUGUUCAAGGGCAGUUCUCUAAACUCAUUUCUGUUAUUGUACUCCUUCAGCCUUGAUGUUUGCUUCUGAUUACAUCAUUUUUAACUGGUUUUGGUCAUUGUAGUUGUUUUAAUUCAGCUGCAUCCUAUAACUUCACAAAAAAUGUGUAAUUUGAUUUUGUGUUCAGAAUAAAAGCUCAUUUUCC